AUGAUGGAGACAGACCUGACCUACAUUAUCCAGUAUCUCCGAUCGAUAGUGAUCCACUCGCUCGAUACGUUCAAUUUUGCCAAUGCCGAGUUUGCUGCCGAACGACUCGUCGCGGCUGUUCCCGGCGAUGCAGACGCCAUCUAUUUGUACAGCUUGGUGCUCUAUCGCCAACAGAAGUAUAAAGCCGCUUUCAACCGAGCCGCCGAGGCUUUGGAGGCAAACGAACAUUUGGGCUGUGCCUACAUUUUUGCGCGACUGUGUCUUGAAUUGAACAAGUAUAAGGAGGGCGUUUUUCGCUUGUUGAGCCUAACCCAUUUGUACAACGGCUCUGGCAAUUCGCUGCUGUCGUCGGGUGAGUUCAUGCCUCUGGGCGGAACCAGCAGCGGCUCCGCUGCUUCACAAACUUCUGUGUUUACGCUGCCGAUCCAGCGUCAUUCGUACGAGCAAAACCGGCUGAUCUAUCCUGAAGAGUCUGCGGUGUACCAUCUCCUUGGAGAAUUGUACAAGGCGCAGGGAGAUCUGAAAAAUAGCAUUCUCAAUUACCAAAAGUCGCUACGUCUCAACCCUUUUGACUUCAGCGCGCUCCAGGAAAUAGUUAGCGCUGGCGCGGAGGUGUCCGUCAGAGCCAUCUACAAGUGUUCCUCCGGAGGGCCCAUCAGCGCCAAAGACAUGGCUCUCUCGGCCAAUAGUGCUACGAGCGGAACCACCAGUGCGUCCUCUGAUUCAUUUGGAAUUUCUAAUCCAUUUUCAGCUCCUUCGGCAGCACAUCAGUUUCUCCCGCCGGAGUUAACUACCCCAAGAAUACUCAAUCCUGGAAUCCCCGAUGCUCCUCUCCGGCGAUCUCAUGGUAUUAAUAUUGCACAAAGUCAUGAACAGAGUAGUUUCCAUCCGCCGGCAGCUCGCUUGAGUGGAUCUAAAACACCAACUGCUACCGCCAAGUCCUUCUCUCAUAUGCGUAAGAAAUCCGAGGUUGGGGAGGGUCUGCGUAGUCUCAAGAGAAACAAUUCGGCCAGCAUCUUACCUCCCAUGGCUACACAUGAAAUCGAGGGGGCCGAUCUAUAUUUGCGGCGCUUGUAUAGUGUAUUUGCAAGACUGGCCAAAUGCUUCUUCAAAUACGACUGCUACAAAGCCAUAAGAAUACUAGAAUCCCUUCCAGGGAAUGAGCGCGACACACCCUGGGUUCUUGCGAAAUUGGGGAGACUUCAUUACGAGAUUGUGAACUAUAGUCAGAGCAAACGGUUUUUCGUGAGACUUCGCCAACUCGAUCGAACCCGUCUCGAGGAUAUGGAAUACUACUCUACACUUCUUUGGCACCUACAUGAAAAGGUCGAACUCACAUACCUUGCUAAUGAGCUCCACGAUAUUGACAAUCUGCUGGCCAUCACAUGGUGUGUAAUGGGAAAUCUUUUUUCUCUUGCGAGAGAGACAGACGAGGCCAUAAAAUGUUUCAACAAAGCCGUAGCGAUUGAUCUGCGUUUUACUUAUGCGUACACCUUGAAGGGACAUGAAUAUUUUGGAAACGACAACUAUGAGCAGGCUCUCGAAUGUUUCCGGUACAGUUUGCAUUAUGAUCCCCGUCACUACAAUGCGUUAUAUGGUAUUGGCAUGGUGUACAUUAAUUUGGGCGAGUAUCAAAAAGCAGAUUAUCAUUUCAGGAAGGCUGUUGCUAUUAACCCGAUCAACAUCAUUUUGAUUUGUUGUGUGGGUAUGGUACUCGAGAAGCUAGGUAAGAAGACGGCUGCACUUCGACAAUAUGAGCUUGCAAACAAGUUGCAGCCGCUCAACGCACUCCCAAUUUUCAAGAAAGCGCAGCUUCUCUUCUCCAUGCAGCAAUUCCCACAGGCGCUCAAGGAGUUUGAGAUUGUCAGGGAGCUUGCACCAAACGAGGCCUCUGUGCAUUUCUUGCUCGGACAAUUGUACCAGAUCCAGCAUGACAAGUUCCAGGCCAUCCGGGAGUUUACGAUUGCGCUCAAUCUCGAUCCCAAGGGCAACUAUUUAAUCCGCGAGGCGAUGGAGAUGUUGAAGGACGAGGCGUGA